AUGUGCUUUGCCCUCCAAGAUUCCACCACCGGGUGGCAACGUCUUGAAGUAGGAAUCGCAAUGGGUUGUGCCAUCUCUCCCAUCCUGUUUGUGGCAGCCUUUGAAGUAAUCCUUGUUGGAGCAAGACAGAUGGUUGGAGGGAUCAAACUACCAUCUGGGCAGAGGUUACCCCCUCUGAGGACGUACAUGGAUGACGUCACCAGCCUCCUCCGGAUGGCAGCAUGCACAUCAAGACUCCUGAAAAGGAUAGACAAGCUGAUGUCAUGGGUACGAAUGAGGAUCAAGCCAUCAAAAUCAUGGAGCCUGUCUCUCAGAAGGGGAGUGAGACAUGACAGUACCAUCUUCAGUGUUGGGGGAGAGAAAACCCCACUCCUCUCUGAGCAACCCAUCAAGAGCCUGGGGAGGCAGUAUACCGCAGAGCUCACGCACAAACAGAUGGGGAGAGUCGUGAUGAUGAUGAUGAGGCAGCUAUCAGAAGACCUGGCAAAGAUCGACCAAAGCCAGCUGCCAGGAAAGUACAAGGUGUGGUGCUACCAAUUCACGCUCUACAGGAGGGUGAUGUGGCCGUUGAAAAUUAGGCUGGUUGGAAGGCUACCAUAGAUGCCUAGGCUAUGUGGGACUGUCAAUGACACGCCUUCUGAAGGACGUAGAAGUAACCGGAAGAAACCUGAAGAAGGCAACCAAGGAGCUAGUGGAAGAAGCGGAGAAGGGGAGCUUUUGGCUCUGGCUGAGGAGAAAAGAGAGGUGCUGGGGAAAGAACGACUAA